AGCCAAAUUCAACCAACUGAAUACACAAUAAAUUAACUUGUAGUUAAACCCAGAGUCCCAUCUAUUUUUAAUGUAGUGAUUUGACAUCGGCCCUUUCAGUGAUAAAACUAGGUCAGGUCAUUACAAUUUGGUGGCAGUGGUGGGAUCUCUUAUUGUGUCAUAUUUUAGUGAACAUAAAACAAGCAUUUUACAUAAUCCAAAAUAUUGUAAAAAUGGCGUCGCGAAGUACAAGUCCGGAGAAUAGCCCAGUCGGUGAUUCCGGGAGUAUCCAGUCUCCUCCUGCAUCAGGUGAGGAGACUGUCAAAAAAGUUCAUAUAACUGACGAUGACGUGUCAAUGGACAUUCCUGCUAGUCAAACAACCGGCGCUAUCGCCAAAGACAGCGGUGUGAAUACAAUGAUUGAUACGCAGGUUUCGUCAGAUCCACAUCCAAUUCUCAAUCCAGCCAUUUCAUUGCCUGAUACAAUUAAAUGGUCUGAACCAACUACAUCGUAUGAAACAAUCAGUGGCGCGCGUCCAAAGAAUGCAAAAUUUGAUGACGUUCGAACCAAAUUGACUUUCGGAGAAUCUAAAAGGGAAUCACCUUUUGAACAAUUCAAAUCAAAUCUCCCGAUACCAAGAAAUGAUCAAUAUUUCGGAAAUCAGUUUCCUGAUCCCAUACAAACUGAAGAGGUCACUCCAUCGCGUCCCCGUCUUAGGCGUCAAGGUCGCAUAUAUGUACCACCUCAUGCUCAAUAUGAUCAACGUGACCCUCAGAUUAGACUAAAUCAACCACCUCAGUCAUUUGAACAUCAGCAAUUUGCUCCUUCACGUUUUUCUACCGGAUCAUAUGCCCCUCCUUGGGACUAUGCCGAUAUGUACGGACCUC